AUGCUCCUGCGCCAAGUCUCUCUCGAACUGCCGUUUUUGGCGCGCCAUGGCCUCAUCAUGGACAAGUGGGCGACUGUCGCGUGGGCCCUUGUCGCGGCGGACGAGUUCACACGCACCGACCUCGACACCAAGAAGGCGAACAACGGCUUCAAUGCCCUUGUUGACGGCCACCGCAAGCACAACAACGAGGCUGAACGAGCAUCGGGGGUCUCCGAGGAAGUUUCGGAGAAGAUCCUUCUGCUGAACGCCUUCUUUCUCAAGGUCCGCGACGAAGCAAUGAUGUCCUUGGGCAAACGAAAGCAAGUAUGCGAUGUCGCUGGUGAUGUCGGCGGCACUAGUAAAGAUAAGCCCGCGGUCCCAAUUAUAAUAAACACCGGUUCCAAGCGUAACAAAUUCAAGUAA